AUGCUCGUCCACAUGAGCGUCCUCCACAAGACCAAGUCCUUCACCAAGAUCGUCACCAAGCGGAUCGCCAUGCCCACCAUGGGCGUGAUGGCCAUCCCCAAGACCAAGGUCCUCAAGAUCAACCUCGGCGAGAUCUCCGUCGCCACCCUCGCCAUGACCAACGUGGACGAGGAGAGCUACACCAUGAUCAAGAUGAGAGACCCAACAUUGAGCAUCGUCGUUCUCAUUCUCAGAGUCCGGCCUCCCGUUCUGGAUGGCGCUGCCAAGAUCUCUACGCAUAUGGUUUUUCUAGACAAGACCGGCUCACCUGCUCGUUCGAUGAGGAUGACCAUGCUUUCUGCCCCUGGCUUGCUGAUAGCAAACAGAGACGAUGUUAUUGCGAACUGUGUGGUGGACAACUACUUCGUGGUGAUGUGCUUCGUGGACAUUGACUGGACAACUGCAUCGUCGGAGGAGGAGCUCCCGGAUUUAGGUCAUGAUCUGGCCAUUAUGUGGGAUAAACAAGAACACACUGAUGUUUCCUUCAACGUCGGCGGGGAGUGCUUUUAUGCGCAUCGCCUGGUGCUUGCGGCCCGAUCGCCGGUUUUUAAAGCAGAGCUCUAUGGCCCGAUGGCUGAAAGCAAGAUGGCAUCUAUAACCAUUCACGAUAUGGAGGCCUCAACCUUCAGAUCUAUGCUCCAUUACAUGUACCAUGGUUCAUUGCCUAAUAAUGAUGGCAAGACUGAUUCUUUUACUCUGGACCAGCAUCUGCUUGUAGUUGCUGAUAGGUACGGGUUGGAGAUGCUUAAAAAGAUUUGUGAGGACAACCUAUGUGCCAAUGGUAUCAAGCUAGGCAGUGUAGUUUCAUUGUUGGAGCUGGCGGAGGACCAUUCCUGCUCCAAACUCAAAGCUAGGUGCUUCGAUUUCCUCGCGGGUGGCGAUAAUUUCAAGGUGGUUGCGACAUCUGGUGAGUACCUCCAUUUGAUGCAAACCUAUCCGAAUCUCCUGGUCGAAGCACGCGAUAGGUUCAAGAUACCACAUGAAAAGCCGACCAUCAUGGAAUCUGGUUCUCACAAGAAAGCCAGAUUGUGUUAG